AACAACGAGGUGGUCUUGCGCCAUAUCGAAUCAAACUGAAACCCGCAAGCUGGAACUCCCUUGAUAACGAAAACACCCCCCAGGAAACUCUCAAUUUACACCUAAUUUCUAAUCUAUUUCUGUAAUUUAAGGGACUAAGAGGGUCAUUUUCAUUGCUCUGUUGCAGGGUACCUACCUAUUUAUUGCUAAAAAAAAUGGGGUAUUUCUGUAAUGAUUUAUGACUGUUGUGUGUUGAUUAUCCAAUCCUUCCUUCCAGAGCUCAGAAAAGUCCAAACUGCAAAACCCCGGAAAGAUUGAAUACCUGAAUGACAAGCAGCCGCAUUUGACACAACAAAAUCAUAGGAAAUUUAGGAAAUUCAAAUAAUUUCAUCUAUUUACCUUGACUUCAUACCGCGUUCAAACUCGCAGAAGGGCGAGAGAGAGAUAGAGUCCAGCAUUUUAGCUUAUCUGAUUGCUCGUCUGCAUCUUUCAAUCGCAGGAACCGGAAAUUUCUGAGAAUUUUCAACUUUUGAAACAAUACCGGAGAAGAAAGAGAAUGGCAACCAAAAAAGAACAGUCAAGAAAUUGCGAAAUUUGUUGUGUUCUUUGUGGGAGACGAUAAUUUAUUUUAAUUUGUUGAUUAUUUGAUCAAAGAAUAAAGAUUUAGCAUAUAACAAGCAUUGAGGUUUUUCUUUCUUUCGUUUUUUCUUCUGGCAUUCUUUUUUUGUGGUUAUCAGUGGCUUUGAUGAAAUGAAUGUGGUGGGUAAAGUUGGGAGCUUGAUAUCUCAAGGCGUCUACUCUGUUGCGACCCCAUUUCAUCCCUUUGGUGGUGCCGUUGAUAUCAUUGCUGUUCAGCAGCAAGAUGGGACUUUCAGAAGCACCCCUUGGUAUGUUCGGUUCGGUAAAUUUCAGGGCGUUUUGAAGGGUGCUGAAAAGAUUGUCCGGAUAAAUGUCAAUGGCAGUGAAGCGAAUUUCCACAUGUAUCUUGAUAAUUCCGGUGAAGCGUAUUUUAUUAGGGAGGUUGUUUCUGGUAAAGGAACUGAGACAAGUGAGGUUAUAGAGAAUUCUGAUAGUUGCAAAGUCGCAAAUGAGGAUAGCGGUAUUGAUGAUGAUAACAUAAAUAAUAUUGAAAAAACCACCAUGACUAUAAGUAGACUUGAGGCUAGUGUAUCUGAUUCAGGGUUGAUUCAACUGCAAGAUGAAUGUGCUUCUUCAGGUGUAGAUAAACUUAAUCGGCAAAAAUCUGAAAUUGAACAAAGAUUUUAUGAAUUUCAAGAAGAGCAAUCCUCUCAUGAAGGCUCGGUUGAGUUAUCAGAAUAUGGGUCUAGUCGUUUUGAGAAUUUAGAGAGUGUGGAGCAUUUUGUAGAAUCAAAAGAUUCAGAUUCGGAAGUGAUUCUAGUCAGUGUGGAUGGCCAUGUACUGACGGCACCUAUCUCAUUGUCAGAAGAGAACACUGAGAAUGUGCAAUUGUGCACUCCUCAGUUUCACUUGGGCCCCGGUAAAGAGGACCUUUGUGAGGGCAAUGAGGAUUUUAGCCCUGGUGAAGAUGCUUGGGCUGCCAAUUACUUGGUGGAUAAAUCUGCAUGCAACGUUGCUCCAGAAAAUGUUUGUAACAAUAUUGGUGGUUCUAGUGAUCUUGCGCAUCAGUUGGAAGUUUGUGAGGAUGGUGAAGAACAUGCCUGUCAAUUACAAGAGACUAAGAGUACUACAAAGCAGGAAAGAGAUGCGGAAGAACAGGUCUGUCAAUUUCAAGAACCUGAGGAUAUUGCAGACCAGGAAAGAGAUUUUCACAUGCAUAGUAAUUCAGAAGAUGCAUUAGAAGAUGCAUCUUUUAGUAUUAAGAAGGAAGAUAUUUUUAAGAGCUGUUUGGAGCUACCAGAGUUAGCCAUGCAGAGUGGACAGGCUGAUUUUCGAGAUACUGUUUCGCCAGUGGAGGUCCCUGAAGAAACUGACAAUUUAUGGGAUAAGUCCCCACACAGUCUUCAGCCAGAUGGAAUAACUGAAGUUGGAAUUGUUAAAAUCACAAAUGACAGUGAGCUCUCCCCAUCUAAUUUUGAUUCUCCUGGCAAAAAAAUUACUCAAGAUUUACACAUUGAAAAUGAACCCACGGAUAAAAAUGUUAUGAGUACAGAACAUAUGGCUUCCAACUGCAUGAUUGUUCAUUCUAUUAGUGAUGACCCAGAACAAAAAGACGACAUGGCACAAAUAGUUGAAGGGACAAUAAGCAGUCCACGAAGACAUGCACCUGCAGAUGAAUGGAAUGAAAAUGAGAUUGUUGAACCCAAAACAGCCAUUUCUGGUCAAGGAAUACAAACUGAUGUGCACAUAAGAUUUGAGAUCUCUCUAUGCGGGAGCAAACUUCAUGCUGGUAUGGGUUUAAGAGCUGCAGCUGAAUCCUUUGAUGCACACCGCGUAUCUGAGGAGGAGUUCAAACGUUCUGCAGCAUCAAUUAUCAAGAAUGAAAACCUAAUUAUCCGAUAUAGAGACAUGUACUUGCCAUGGGAUAAAGCUGCUCAAAUUGUUCUUGGAAUGGCUGCAUUUGAUAUAGAUUUACCCAUUGAGCCUAAAGAUGCAAUUCCUGUGGAAUUGGAUGAAACGCCGAAGUCUAGAGACAAUGUUUCUGAAAUUACAACCCCUUCUUCUGGACGCAGAUGGAGGCUCUGGGGCAUUCCAUUUAGAAGGGUUAAAACGCUUGAGCACUCUAACAGUAACUCAUCAAAUGAAGAAGUGUUUGUUGAUUCUGAACCUGGUUCACAAAACUCACAAGUAGAACCAAUAAUGGCGUCACAAAGAGUCAAUGAGUCUCCUCGUAAGCAACUUCUAAAGACGCAUAUCCCCACUACUGAGCAGAUAGCAUCUUUGAAUCUGAGAGAAGGUCAAAAUAUGAUAACUUUCAGUUUUUCAACCCGGGUUCUAGGAUUGCAACAGGUUGAUGCUCAUAUUUACUUGUGGAGGUGGAAUGCAAAAAUUGUAAUUUCAGAUGUUGAUGGAACAAUUACGAAGUCUGAUGUUCUAGGUCAGUUCAUGCCUUUAGUUGGAAGAGACUGGACUCAAUCUGGAGUAGCUCAGCUUUUCUGUGCAAUUAAGGAAAAUGGAUAUCAUCUACUAUUUCUAAGUGCCCGUGCAAUUGUUCAAGCAUAUCUUACAAGAAGUUUCUUACUCAAUCUGAAACAGGACGGAAAAGCUUUACCAAAUGGACCUGUUGUCAUUUCACCUGAUGGUUUAUUUCCCUCACUGUACCGAGAAGUGAUAAGAAGAGCACCUCAUGAGUUCAAGAUUGCAUGUCUGGAGGAUAUAAGAGCACUCUUUCCUGCUGAUUACAAUCCAUUCUAUGCCGGUUUUGGCAAUAGAGAUACAGAUGAGCUCAGUUACCGGAAGAUUGGGAUCCCAAAGGGCAAAAUAUUUAUUAUUAACCCUAAGGGUGAAGUGGCCAUUAAUAAUCGCAUUGAUGUGAAAUCGUACACCUCUUUACACACACUCGUCAAUGACAUGUUCCCACCGACUUCUUUGGCCGAGGAGGUAAUGGGUUUGUAUUCCUCAUAUUUACUGAAUAAGGGCUUGGAGGGAAGGCAGGAAAGAAAUAAAUAAAUUAGUGAAAAUAAGGAUCGGAGUUCGUUUUUACCACUGUAAUUUUAUCUUCUUGCCAUUUGAUGACACCCAUGGUAUUCAACUAUCUGCAGGAAGAUUUCAACUCAUGGAAUUUUUGGAGAAUGCCUUUGCCAGAGAUUGACUCAUAGGUAACAGCUGUUAUAGGGUUUCCCUUCCUUUCAACAAGAUGAUCUGUGCAUUGAGGUGGCUUGCAGUGUAUAUUCACAGAGCAUUCCUCCCAGUUUGCCCCAUAUUUGUUCUGAAAUUUUGCUCCUUGUGAUUUAUCAGUGUCAAUGUCUUCUUCAGUAAUUGGUCUCUUGUGCUAAAACUUGGGGUGUUAGGUCAUAAUUCUCCAUUUCUGAAUAAAAGUUCUCACAACACAUAGCCAAUGCAAUUUCUUUUCUUUUUGAUUAUUUCAAUUUGAUUUUUUCGGGGCGGUGUAUCGAAUCCUAAUUUCUCCCCCAUAAAAGUUAGUAUAAAGGAUUCUUGUUAUUGCU